UUUGCUCUCCCUCGUCUUCCGUCACCUUAAUUCGAUUUCAUACGCGCCAAACAUUCUAGGCCGCGAUAUACUUCACUCAAACAAACACUUCGAAACUACACUGUUUACGGCCAUUGAGAACUUUAUUUCUAAGCAAGUGUUUGUUUUGUUAUUUAUUAUUCAAUUAAGUCGUCUAAAAGGAAAGAAGGAAACCUCCCUCUCUCUGUCUCCAAGGCUGCAGGCUGUAAACUGAAAGCACAGCAGUGCGGUGGCUCAUCGGGAAUGUUGAUACACGGCCGGAGGAGCAGCCCGAGGGGCGACAAUGUUUGUGUUGCUGCUGAUGAUGAUGAAGAUGGCAGUAUCAGCAGUAUGAUGAAGAGUGGCUCCUUCUGCAUGAACCAGUCCUUUCCCUCCGCACGCAACUCCACUCUCACCCGCAUGGACGCAUCAGGUGAUUCGCAUGUUGGUUCAUCAGUGGCGAUGAGGAAUCUUCACAUUUCUGAUCUGCAUUGCUUCCAACCUGUGCCUCCGUCAUCAAAUCAAGGGUCUCCUGUGUUGGAGAACUCUCUGCUCAGACAGCUCAUCUGUAUCGCUCCAGAGAAGAGAGGCACAGCUCUCACCAUCAACCCUAAUAAAGCUGUCCUGUCCAUUAACUGCACCACAUCACAGGUUUUGGAUGCAAAUGAGCAUGCUUGUAAGUUGUUUGAUUGUGCAUACAGUGAUUUGAUUGGCCGGAAGCUGACCUCUCUACUAAGAGCCAAUCAGACGCUAGUGGAAGUCCUGAAGGAGGAGACUCUGGAUUCUGAUGGGAACCUAGUUGCUAUUUCUGCAAAAGUGGUGACUGCAGUGAGUUUGACAGGAGCUGAGUUUCCUGUGUCUGUGUGGCUUCAGAUAUCGGAGCAGCAGCAGAUCUUAGAGCUCCUGCUGGAGCGAGUGGAGAGAAUCACGGCACACGUGACUUUCACUCAAAAUGGUGGAGUCCUCAGUUGUGAUGCCACUUUUGCCCAUCUCUAUGGUUACCACGCUGCUGAGGAGAUGACUGGACUUUCAAUCAUGUCUCUUAUGCCAUCUUUGCAGAUUCCCUUCCACUGCAGGUCAACUCCCAAGGUGUUGCGUAUGCAGAGAUUGUUUGUGAAAGCCAGGUCUGGUUUGGUGGUUCCAGCAUGUGUCCGCCUGCAGGCCGCUGUGUCCUGUGGAAGAUCACCACUCCAGAUGAAUGGAUCAGCACAUCCAGAACCUUCUGAUGGUUCACUCCUGAGCUCUCGAUGGCCCAACCGAACUCCUUCAGGUGGUAAAUCGUGUACGGGUGGUGUCCUGUCCCCCAGCGCCGGUGUGCUGUACUCUGGGUCAGUGUGUGUGUUUGCUCCCAGUAGCUGUCUCCUGACGCUCCUGCCCAACGGCACCAUUCACAGUCUCAACAACCCCUUCAGCUCUCUGCUGCUCGGAUACAACAGCAGUCAGCUGCUUGGAAAGAACGUCACAUACCUGAUACCAGCAUUUUAUGAGCGAGUUCGUGCUGCGGAACGAAGCGACCAGCCUGCAUCUCAUCCACGAGACGCAUCCAUCCCCUCUGACAGCCACGCAGACCCUUGUAGAUGUUCUGCUAGUGCUAACUGUCCCCCUAGUGAUGUUCUAACCCUCACUACUGACAUGCUCUCAACUAAGGACGACCAACAGGAGACAUGUAAUCCAAACACAGUGCUUGCUGGUGACAGUGUAAUGGUGCAUCUAGCCAUGCGUAGGAGAGCGGGUCUUGGGAAAGGAAAGAGAAUCUUUACUGGGACCAUCGCUAAACUGGAGAAGGAGAGCAAUGUCCCAUCAACCAUGACCUCACCUGCUGUCACCUCCACACCACUGAAUGGGUUGGAUGACACUACAGAGCUUUGCGAGAAGAUUGUGGAUGUGACCACUCAAGAGUCUGAGUCUGACUCUGCCAACUCUACCGCCGCUCUGCUACAGACCUUUGCUUUGGUGGAGUCCCUGGAGGUCCACAGGACCUUCCCUUCUGCUAUGGUUUCCGCUCAAUGUGGCCCAUUUGGGCGGCUCUUCACUGGGCAAAAUUCUUCCAAGGCAGGCCAAAACUCAGAUCGUAAAGAAGCUCCAGUAAAGUCCUGUGACUCUGUACCAGAUCCUGAACCUCACACGCAGGCCUGCCGGUGUUCAGAGCAGGCCCAGCUUCAGGACUCCAGUUUUGAGGUGAUUUCCCUAGGCAGUGGGUCAUCAUCUGGGUUCUGUGAGCGGCUUGUGGGCGGUUCUGGUCCGGAAAAGAUAGAUGAGUCUCAGCAGGGAUGUCAGCUAGUGGAAUCUGGCAGCACCUUUCUCGAUUUGAACUGUAACGGAGAUGUCAUUGUUCAUGCCAUGUCAGAGAUGGACCUGAACGACAGCAUUGAGAUCCCAAACGCACCUGUAGAUCUUAACCAUUCACUUACCUCAUGUGACACUGCUGAGCUCCUGCGUACUCUUUCACCCUUCAUUGUAGAGUCAGACACUGAAGCAGAAGCUCAAGUCUGCUCUGGGCAAGAAGCAACACAAGGAACUGCCCCAUCACCUAAAGAAAGGCAGGCAAGCCCUCAGGUAAAGGCUCUAGAGCAACUGCCAAAAAAUCAUCUAACUAAAGUUCUGGAACAGUGGAAUUCCUUUUCGGAACAUGCCAUUGGCCGAGCUCUGGAUCUCCGGAGGGGGAGGGGUGGAAUGCUGUUGCCAGGUGACAACCCUGCCACCUCCACUCCUAAGAAAGUCAAGGUGAACUCUUCCAUUCCAGAGGGCAGGAUUCAUGUGACGUGCUACAACAGAGAUGGAGCGCCAAUCGAGGUGCAGUGUGAUGUGCAAUGGGUGUCCCUGUCCAGCGGCAGCUCUCUGGUCUGUCUAUGGCUGAGUGGGAGUCAUCUCUUGCUCCACCACCAGGAGGCGCUACAGAGCACAAUGUCUCCCACAGUGAGGACAGGAGCCCCAGAACAGGAGGCCUUUGCCUGCAGCCUUGCUGAGGCAAUUCGGUCAGAUCCUUUGCAUUCUUCUGUGGACCUGGAGCAGUCCGGAGCAUGUGAGGGUUAUUUUGAGGAAAACUACCGCCCACUGCGCUCUAUUGGAAAGGGAGCCUUCGGCUUUGUCUGGCUCGCUUCAAGACGGAUAUGUGGACAGGAAGUGGUUGUGAAAUUCAUUAGGAAAAGUGCGGUGGUGAGUGAAUGCUGGGUGGAUGAUCCUGAUCUGGGCCGGAUCAGUCAGGAAGUGGCCAUACUGGUUCGUUUGCAACAUCCCAAUAUUGUGAAGGUGCUGGAGGUGUUUGAGAAUGAGGGAUUCUUCCAAAUGGUCAUGCAGAAACAUGGGGACGGACUAGACCUGUUUGAGUUCAUCGACAUGCAGCCUAGACUGGACGAGCCUCUUGCCAGCUACAUCUUCAGACAGUUGGUAGCCGCAGUGAGUUACCUGCGGGGCAAAAGAGUUCUUCACAGGGACAUAAAGGAUGAAAAUAUCAUCAUAAACUCCAACUUUCAUAUCCGGCUGAUCGACUUUGGCUCAGCUGCCCUGCUGGAACCCGGAAAACUUUUCUACGUCUUCUGUGGCACUUUGGAGUACUGCUCACCAGAGGUGCUUCAGGGAAACCCAUACGAGGGUCCAGAGCUGGAGAUGUGGUCUCUAGGAGUGCUCUUAUACACCUUACUGUUCAGUGAAAACCCAUUUUGCAGUGUGGAAGAAACCCUGCAGGCCCGACUCCACCCUCCAUGCCAGAUUUCUACAGAGUUGUAUGCACUGUUGGCUGGUCUUUUGCACCCAGUGGUUGAUCAGAGAAUGAAUCUAGAGGAGCUCUUGGAAUCACAGUGGAUACAGCAACCCAUAAAUCUAGCAGAGUACUCGUGGGGAGAGGUCUUUCCCUCCAGCAACGAGCAUGUGGAGUCCAACUCGUCAUGUGUGCACCGAGCAGACAUCCUCUACCUGGACCCCGAAAACAACCUUGAAGACACUCCUUUAGAAGAUGAAGAUGAGGAGGAGGAUGAGGAGCAGAGGAGAACUAUGGCGGCGCUGCAGUCCGAGCUGCUGAAAUACCUCACAGACGAGUGAGGAACUGUUGUGAAAGAAACGCUAAUGCGUUCUGGCCAACUAAUUAUGGCAUUACAUCUAAUGUCACCAUGAACACUAAUGCACAAUCUCUGCAGAACUCUCCGUCCACCUGCUGCUGUCCUUCUUGAUGAUACCAGUCCGUCCAAAGAGCAAAAGGAAAGUGUGACUGGGAAUGGAAGCAAUCUGUGUUGCUAAGAAACAGUUUUAUCUCUGUGUUUGGUGAAGGAAUAGGAGUGUAUUUAUCAAACGUGUUGUGUAUUUCACCUUUCAUGGAGGUUUAAAACAUGGUAUUCUGAGAUGUAGAAAGUUCUUGCUGUUUGUUGUAAUGGUGUUGAGCACAAGGGUUGUCCUAUUAAAACAUAUGGCACAUGCUCUAGACCUGGAUGAGGGUUACCUGAGCUUUAAGAUAUGUGUUGUUAGACCUUCAGAGUUUUUAAAAUAUUUUUAGGUUGAUUUUUAACCUUUUAAAUAAUUAACAUAUUAAUUAAUUUUAACAUUGCAAUAUUUAUCUUGUGAAUAAAUUAUUGGCAUCAUUUCA